AGCAACGUCUGAAAUACAGGCACUCUAAGGUUCGAGAAAGGUUAAGUUCGUUUCAAUUUUUCCAUCUUUCAUUUCCGUGGCGAGCUGGUACGUGCUGUCUUUCCUCUGAUCUCCGCACUCCACGAGUCCACAGAGACCCAUCAUCUCCUCUUCCUUUUACGAGCUUAAUUCACUUGGGACUACAACUCUAUUUCGGGCUGCCAAAGUCUUUGGUUCCUUUCUAUCCUGGAGAUUCGUACUGUCAUUAUUUCGCCUACACUGUUUCAUUCACAUCUGACGUACCCUUUGACAGGGCCUUUUAAUCAUCCUUCGGUAUUUACACUUCGCCGGAUUCCUUCGCAGACCUCGAUCUACUUCACUCUUGUUUCCCAUCCAUCUGGACCUCUUCCACUUCCAUUCCUUCACCAACAGACAUAAUAUCAUAAUGAAACUCAGUCUACUAUGGCCAACGCUGCUGGUUCCGGCUGCUACAGCUCUAACGGUUGACACAACCUCUGCCGAAUCUCUAAAAACGGCUGCGAGCACAGUCGCACAAGGCUUGAUGAAAUUCUACACAGGAAACAAUCCCGGUGACACUCCAGGCACAUUACCGCCUCCGUACUUCUGGUGGGAAGGUGGCGGUAUGUUUAUGACGAUGGUUGAUUACUGGUCCAAGACGAACGACUCAACGUAUAACGACAUAGUCGAGCAAGCAUUACUAUUCCAAACCGGCCCAGAUAACGAUUACAUGCCACCCAACCAGACCAAGGAUGAAGGUAAUGAUGACCAAGGAUUUUGGGGAAUGGCAGCAAUGCUAGCAGCCGAGACGAAUUUCCAAAAUCCACCGAAGGGACAACCACAAUGGCUUGCUCUCGCACAGGCAGUUUUCAACGAAAUGGCGUCAAGAUGGGAUGCAACCACUUGUGGAGGAGGGUUGAGAUGGCAAAUCUUCACAUUCAACAAUGGUUUUACGUACAAGAACAGCAUUGCCAAUGGUUGUUUCUUCAACUUGGCUUCCAGACUUGCACGAUAUACAGGAAAUGCCACUUAUGCUCAGUGGGCCGAAACGAUCUGGGACUGGGAAUCAUCUAUUGGCUUGAUCGAUAGUAGCUACAACAUCUUUGAUGGCUCUUCAGAUGUACAGAAUUGCACCGUUAUCACGAAACUCCAAUGGACAUACAAUGCGGGGAUUUACCUUCAUGGAGCUGCAAAUAUGUACAACUAUACAUCAGGUCAAUCCCUGUGGCAAGGACGAGUCGACGGCAUCUUGAAAGCCUCCAGUAUCUUUUUCACCAACGAUAUUAUGGAAGAACAAGCUUGUGAGAAUGUGAAUACCUGCGACACCGAUCAACUUUCCUUCAAAGCAUACUUCACACAAUGGCUCGCGGCAACCUCUAUUCUCGCGCCCUUCUCCGCAGGAACAAUAACGCCCUGGCUCGCUGCCUCCGCCACCGCCGCCGGUCUCCAAUGCGGAACUGGAACCUGUGGAUUCAAAUGGACGGCUGGCGCCACGUAUGAUGGGACCACCGGAGUCGGGCAACAGAUGAGUGCUCUGGGUGCUGUCCAGAGUGCGUUGGUUCAGGUUAAGGGCGAAGCGGUAGCGGUACCCGUUACUAACUCUACUGGAGGAACGAGCCAAGGAGAUGCGAGUGCGGGUAUCACGCAGCCAAGUACAGGCAUGAUGGACGCAACUACACCGGCCACGACUGGGGAGAAAGUUGCAAGUGGGUUCUUGACGCUUGCUGUUGUGGGUGGUGUUAUUGGGGGAAGUGUAUUCAUGGUUCUGGAAAGUUGAGAAAAUAUGGAGAAGCAUUUUUGUUUUUAUGGUGGGGCAUUUGAUUAUUGUAUGCAUUGGAUUGGUGUUGGAGUUCUGGGAAGAGCAUGCUUUGAAUGCAUGCUGGAUCAUGGGAUUUGAUAUCCGCCUUACCUUGGCAAGUUUGUGGCCAAAAUUAUGAUUUCAAGUGUACAAUAGAGAAGUCAAUGCAUUGACACAUAUCUCUAUCGUUCUAUAGAUAUAUCUACAUGUCAAAACAUCACUCGAAGAUUGAUGCCGUAAUAAGUGUAGAAAUUUCGUCGAACAUUCACUUGAAAAUUCCUGCAAAAAUCCUCUCCAU